CGAUGUAAACGAGGCCCGACGUGGAGAGCUACCAAGGACCAUGCUAUCUGCUCAAAGCACUUCAUAGAUUGGUGCAAAGGACCGUCAGCAUCGCAUCCAGACCCUGAACUGUUUGCCUAUAACCGGUGGAGAGCAAGUAGAAACACUGCAAACAGUAUUUGUGAAGGAGGCAGACGCCGCAGUGGACAAAACUCAGAUAGCCCUCCACUAACUUUGGAUGAAGAUAUCCCAUAUGUCCAAAAGCCUGAUUGCUACAUGGACAUAAAUGGAGAAGUACAAGAUUAUGUGCAAGUGGAGGUUAACAGCAAUGAGUCAACAUCACUUGCAUCAGAUGGACAUGAAACCAAAAUGUCACCACCACCACCACAUGCUGACCACACGUAUACAAUGGCAAGCAUUCCCAGCACUCCAGCAGCUGAGCCAGUGGAUGCUGCAGUACAAGUUGAAGUGGGGACACAUGCUGCUAUCAAGAUACAUCUGCGAGCCAUGACAAGAGACAUUAUUCUUACUGAUGAUGGUAGUGUGAGGUUUUACACUGGCUUGCCCUCCAAAGAUACUUUGGUAACAAUAUUUGACAUUAUCAAGAAAAGGGUCACCACUAUUAACUAUUGGAGAGGAGCAAAAUAUGCCAGUAAAGGUGUGCAUUGUCAUGGUCCAAGUGGUCACAUGAAAAUAAUUGAUCAUUUUGAUGAAUAUUUGCUGACUCUUGUAUACAUGCGGCGAGGCUUCACAAGACACUCUCUGUCGGACUUCUUUGGAGUUUCACAGAGAACCAUAACUUGCAUCACCACUACUUGGAUAAGUGUACUCUUUGAGAUAAUGAAGAAUUGGCUACUUUGGCCUUCAGCCCAGGAGGUUCGGAAUUCUUUACCAAAAAAUUUCCCACCCCAAUAUGCAGAUACAAGAGUCAUCCUAGACUGUACAGAAUUUUACCAUGUAAAACCUAAGAACUGUACUGCCCAAGCUAGCACAUAUUCACAAUAUAAGCACCAAAAUACUGUUAAGGUAAUGAUUGGAAUAACUCCUCGGGGACUAAUAACAUUUGUCUCGCAGCCAUAUGGGGGGAACACAUCUGAUAGGCACAUUGCAGAAAAGGAAAUCUUGGACAAAGUUGAGCCAGGAGAUGCUGUGAUGGUCAACAGAGGAUUUAAUAUUGGUGAUCUGUUGUUACAGCGUGGUGCAAAACUGUACAUUCCUUUCACAAGAAAAACAGAAGAUGGUAAAGGAAGGGCAUUAAAUCAAAGUGAGAUACUUAAAACAAGAGAGAUAACCUCACUAAGAAUUCAUGUUGAGCGUGCUAUUCAACGGAUGAAGACGUUUAGGAUCCUCACCAAAAAAAUGAGCUUUAAUUUAUGGCCCCUCCUUCACCAGAUCUUAUUUAUAAUAGCUUUCUUCUGCAAUCUGCAGCCACCACUCUUGAAGCACUAGUUCAUGUCUAAUGCUAUGAACCUGUAGGGUACCUGUUAUAGAGGUUGUAGGUUUAAGUAAAAUACAAAUAUAAUAAUUCAAA